GAGUCACUUGCUCUCCGCACCGAAUCCAAUCCUCUUGAACUCAAAUCUUCCCUUUUGUACUUUCACUUCAAAACCAAAACCUCUGCCCUUUUGAAGUUCAAAUCUGAAGUUCUUCUCUUCGUACUUAUCUGCUCUGGAUUCUAACAUGGAUCUUCAAUCCAUGGAUGAAAAUCCUUUCGUUGAAGAAGCUGAAACUGAAGCGACACAUAAUUCAAACGGAGAAGAGUUUGUUACAACAGGAGGAACUCCCGAUGAGGAACCGUAUGUAGGAAUGAAAUUCGAAUCUGAAGAAGCAGCCAAAGUGUUCUACGAUGCCUACGCCACACGUGCGGGAUUCAUAAUGCGUGUGGAUGCGUUUCGCCGCUCAAUGCGUGAUGGUAAAGUCGUUUGGCGACGACUGGUUUGUAACAAAGAAGGUUUUCGAAAGCUGAGACCUCGUAGAAGUGAAAAUCGGAAGCCUAGAGCCAUUACGAGAGAAGGCUGUAAAGCAAUGAUCGUGGUAAAGAAAGAAAAAUCAGGGAAAUGGGUGGUUACGAGGUUUGUUAAGGAACAUAAUCAUCAGCUUGUUCCUAUUCCUAUCAAUGGUCGGAGAAGCAUGCUUUUGUCGCAAACGCCGGAUGAGAAAGAUGUAAAGAUUCGAGAACUAACAGCCGAGUUACAACGAGAGCGAAAGCGCUCUGCAGCAAUUCAAGAGCAGCUUGAUAUGGUAUUAAGAGAAAUGGAGGAGCAUUCCAAUCACCUAUCAAGAAACAUCAAUGAUAUCGUUCGAAGUGUAACGGAAAUCGAGUCAAAGCAAUUGGCACUUCCGUAGAUGUAUAUCUUUGACAUGCUAUCCA